GUGAAAGCGACAAACUGACACGUUUUCAUUUCCGUAAAAAGUGCCUUUGACGAUAUGCACAUGCGCAGUUCGGCGCGAGACGACCGCGUUUCUGGAUAUGAGCUUAGUUUGCCAACGUCGCCAUGACAUCGCCUAUAAGUGUGAUCGGGGAUUUCUAUUGGAGAAGCAGUUUCUGCCUAUCUUCAUACUGUACUGUCUGUCUGUGUCUGUAGUUUAUGGUCUAAAAUUCAACAGCGGAACUCAUGCAUUGAGGAAAUGGGUCGCUCAACGGGCACUAAAUACAGUGACACCGUGUCACAACGUGCACAUGAAAGUCAGAUUCGUCUAUUUCGGUGGGUAAGUCUGUCGUCCACAAGCUGGGUGUAGUUGCAGGAAGUUGCCAUGGAGAGUCUGGGGGAGAAGUUCAAAGCUCUCUCCAUCACCCGGCGUGUCCAGCCAGAUGAGCCCACCUACCUGCUGGACCUGUCCCUCCAGACUGUCUCUGGCCCAGGACUGGUGGCCGUAUGCUGCUCCAACCUCUCCAUCCGUCUGCACAGUGAGGACAGCCUCCGCCUGCUCUGGGAGUACCAGGGACAUAGUGGUGCGAUCUGUGGUGUGCACUUUGCCCACACCUCCCCUGACCUGCUCUUCUCAGGCUCUGCUGAUGGGACAGUAAGGACGUGGGAUGUCCGUUGCCCUGGUUCAGAGGCAGCACAGGUGUUCAGGAGUGACUCCUCCCACCACUUCUGCAGCUUUGACGUGAGCUGCAGCGAUGUGGUCCUUUGUGCAGGCACUGAGCAGCUGGAUGAAGAUGAUAGCUUCUUGGUUUUCUGGGAUGCCCGCAUGGCCAAGGAGAAGAACGGAGGGGUUCUUGGGGUAUACUCUGAGUCCCACAGUGAUGACAUCACGCAGGUACGUUUCCACCCCCGGAAUGCGGACCGCCUGGCGUCUGGUUCCACUGAUGGCCUGGUGAAUGUGUUUGACCUGAGCCUGGGUGCAGAGGAGGAGGCCCUGCUGGCCACCUUUAACUGUGGCUCCUCUGCUAGCUCAGUGUGCUGGGCAGGGAAGGACUUGAACCAGCUGCUGUGCCUCAGCCACGAUGAGGGCCUCCAUCUGUGGGACCUGGGUCAGCUGGACACAGACGAGCCCCUCACACUCUUCAGCGCCGCUGACGCCCGCAGCCUGACCCCUCUCUCUGAUGAGGGGACCCUGGAUUACUUUGUUGGUGGGACUUGGCUGGAGGACGCAGGGCGCUUACUAGUGCUAGGUGGGACGAACAAUGGAGACAUCCACCUUCUGGAGUGCAGUGAGAAGGGCCUGUGUCUGCUGAGGUCCCUCCAAGGGGGCCACUCUUCCACGGUGCGCUGCUUCCUCUGGGACCCUGCAGUGGAGGCCCUGCUCACGGGAGGGGAGGAUGCACAGCUGCUCCUAUGGAAGCCAGGGGCGGAGGAAUUCACCUCAGGGAAGAGGGACACCCUGAAGAGUGCCUCUGCAUUAAAACUCAAAUCUAGACCACACAAGAAGCAUGGCUCCAAGAGGAACAAGAAGCUAGAAGUAUGAGUCGGCUGCAAUAGAGGGUCAAAGAUGGUCAAGACUGCAGUCCCUAUUUAAUCAAUCAAUAUUCCUCUUGCACUGACAGAGCACUCGUUUGGAUUAAUGAAAUCAACAAAAUCAUUUUUUUUUUAAACUGUGUGAAUCAUAAGACUUUCUUGCAUGAAAGUAGUAUUAUACUUAUCCCAGAAACGGAUUAAUAAUCUCUUUAACUGCUUGGUCUUAAAAUGAGAUUGAAUCGCAUAUUCGUUUUUAAAAUGUGUUUCUCCCAACUUGUUUGGUAAUUUGUUUAGCUAAAACCGACUGGUAUUUCUUAGAAAUAUAAUUCUAAUUGUAGAUAGUUGAUCUAAUGCAUACUCUCCUGUCAUCUAGCUAGCAUACUCGGUGGGUCACAAAGGCCAGGGUUCAGAACCAGAGCAUUCAGUACUUCAUAUUCAGAGGAGCAGAUUUCAUUCCAAUCAAAUGGCACAGAGUGGAAUAACAUGACAGUUGCUAUGCAGGGACUCUGCUGCAUAUGUCAACCUGGUCUCAGAGCAUUUCAUAUUAUUCUGUAGAUAAAUCCGAGACACUCCAUUUACUAUGAUAUGCUACGUAUGGUAUGUAUUACUUUGUGAAUGUCCAUCACUCAUUUUGUAUGAUAUGUUACGAUUUGGCAAAAUGUACAUUAUGUUACGAAUUUGCAAAACGUAUGAUCUGUUACGAA